AUGUGCCACAACAAAAUCGGUACAGGACCGUAUAGGAUACCAAGAUGUUGUUCUAUUGGUCGGGUUGUUGUGGAAAUGGAAACAACUUCCAAACAUUCCAAAGUUGUCAAUCAACUUGUGAAGAGCAAAGUUCAGACAUUUUCUCCCGAACACAGCGCUGACUGUUCAGCUGUGUCAGCUGUCUGA